AUGGACUCGACACUCAUCAACGAGGAAUGCAUUGAUUUAUUGGCAGAAUACGCUGGUGUCGGUGAUCAAGUAUCUGACAUUACACGCCGUGCCAUGAAUGGCGAACUAGACUUCUCUGCGUCUCUUGCAGCGCGCGUCGGUUUGCUCAAGGGACUCGAAGCGGAAAAGACCUUUGCUGCAAUUCGUGCACGUCUGACUUUUGCGAAAGGAGCACGCGCACUGUUGAGGGCAUUGAAGCGGAUGGGCUGUCGUACGGCAGUGUGUUCGGGUGGCUUUGUUCCGCUUGCUGCUUAUGUACAGAAGGAGCUCGGCAUUGACUACAUGUUUGCCAAUCAGCUGUCUGUGGAUGACCAAGGUAGGUUGACGGGCACAACAGAGGGUGAUAUUGUUCAUGGCGAGAGGAAGAGGGAGCUCUUGCUGCAGCUCCAACAGGAAGUUGGAUGUCGUAUUGAGCAGACUGUCGCAGUAGGCGAUGGAGCGAAUGACCUGCCUAUGCUCAAGACGGCUGGUCUUGGUGUUGCCAUUCAUGCGAAGGAGCUCGUUCAGCGGGAAAGCCCUGCACGGAUACGGUUCGGUGAGCUCGACUCGAUGCUAUAUCUGUUUGGUCUAUCUUCUGGCAAGGUAGUGGAGCUGUGUAGAGAAUAG